CAGACGGCAGGUAGUGGCAACAGUUGGGUACAGCCAACAGUGGAAACAACAACCACACAUCUCGUGCAAUACCAAAAUAUCAUUCAAACAAUUUAUCAACCAUGUUCCGACCGAUGUUAUUCUUCACUCUAAUGCUGGCCGUCACUCUGGUCAAUUGUCGACCUGACAAGCUGGAUGCUGAUCUCAAAGCAGCCAUGGAAGCUAAAGCGGCCAUGGAAGCCAAAGCGGCGAUGGAUGCCAAAGCGGCCAUGGGUAAAAGCGUCGAAGUGUCCGGCAAAGGAGGCAGCGAUAUCAAUGACGGUGGCCGAUUAUUGUCACUACCGGAAGCUGACGCUUGCGCACAAAGACCGAAACAAUGGGAGCGCAAUGGACACUGGUACUUUUUGAGCACCAACGUCACCACCUACGCGGAUAUCAAGAGCGAUUGGCUGGACGCCCGUAAUCUGUGCCGUAAACACUGCAUGGACGCCAUCAGCAUCGAAACUGUCGAGGAAAACGACAUGGUGCUCGACAUACUGGAGAAACAGAAACUUCCCUACAUCUGGUCGAGCGGUCGCUUGUGCAACUUCAAGGGUUGCGAUCGCGAAGACUUGCAGCCCGUCUUGAUCAACGGUUGGUUCUGGUCCGGCUCUGGCGUCAAGCUGGCCAAGACGAACGAGAUCCCAACCGGUUGGGGUUACCAACCAUGGAGCGCCACUGGACACUUCAAACGGCCCCAGCCGGACAACGCUGAAUUCGAGAUCAACGAGACGAAAGAAUCUUGCCUGGGCGUCCUCAACAACGUCUACAAGGACGGCAUCAAGUGGCACGACAUCGGCUGCUACCACACCAAGGCCGUCAUCUGCGAGGAUUCGCCACCUCUUCUGCAGUACAUCGCCGCCACCAACCCCAACAUCAAAUUGUAAAA